CAGUCACAGGUUUGGAAUAUUUUAUCAGUUGUUUGUUUAUUUUAGUAAAUCUGCUGUAUCACUUUGAUAAUUGCAACGUAUUUCACAAUUAUCGAAAGUAUAUAUACUUCCCCGUAUCAGUUACAGUUUAGUUUGUGAUCCACCGCACUCAGUAUUCAGUACUCUUCUGAUUCAAAUUUCGAAAUUCUAACGCCGGCUUUUAAAAGUUUAUUACUCUAUAAACAAACUUCAAAAUGAGUUCCAAAGUAGCAAUAGUUACCGGCAGUAAUAAGGGAAUCGGGUACGCGAUAGUGCGAGGACUUUGCAAGAGAUUCGAAGGUGUAGUGUACCUUACAUCGCGCGACGUUGUUCGAGGCGAGAAAGCCGUUUCCGACCUACAGAAAGAGGGAUUAAACCCGAAAUAUCAUCAAUUAGACAUCUCAGACAACAAAAGUGUUGAGGUAUUCCGUGAUCAUAUAAAAGAAACUUAUGGAGGCAUUGAUGUCUUGGUAAACAAUGCAGCUAUAGCAUUUAAACAAAGCGCAACCGAGCCGGCAUCGGUUCAAGCUGAACAAACUCUGGCUGUUAACUAUUUUUCAACACUUUCGACAUGCGAAAUACUAUUUCCUAUACUCCGCAACGGCGCUAGAGUUGUCAACGUGUCCAGUUCUGCUGGACUACUACGCAAUAUACCCAAUAAGGAGUUGCGUAAAAAGUUUGAAGAUCCCACACUAACUAUACCCGAGUUGUCAAACCUCAUGCGUGAAUACAUUGAGGCAGCUAAACUGGGCACACAUGCUGCUGAUUGGGGGAAUUCAUCGUAUGCAGUAUCUAAAGUUGGUUUGACAGCUUUGACCAAAGUACAUCAGAGACUACUUAAAGAUAGAGAUAUCAAAGUGAACGCGGUGCACCCCGGCUAUGUAGACACCGACAUGUCGUCACACAAGGGCCCGCUGAGUAUCGACGAGGGAGCGCGCGGCCCGCUGUACCUCGCUCUGGACGCGCCCGACUCGGUCCGCGGACAGUAUCUGUGGUACGACACGACAAUCGCGUCGUGGUACGACGGUACACCGAUCGAGAAAGCCGAGACAAAACUGUAAUACAGUAAAAACUCGAUAAUCUGGCUUUGCGCGAGAUCCGAUUCGAGUUUUUACAAGGAUGAUGACAGUUUUUUAAAUUGUAUAUAAAUUAAGAGUAUGCUAAUAGUAAAGCAAUUUUGUACAAGUAACAGGGAAUCUGUUUAUUACUUUCGGAGCUACAGGGGUUUAAAGGGUCAGAUUAGAUCCCUGAAAAACGCUCCAUACAAAAUGGCGCGAACUUAUGACGUCGUAGGCAAUUAAUGAUCGUUAGAUUUGUAUGGGCGUUUAAACAGAAUUACUAAUAUCUUUGUUAUUUCUGCGUUUAUGUUUAUAGUUCAAAUAUUAAAAAAUGUCACAUUUAAUGUAAGGAAGCUAAAACUGUAUGAAUUUUCAUCUAAUUACGAUGAAAGAUUUUUAAUAGAUUUUGAAAUUUUAUAAUCAUAUUUAUUUUGCAAAUAUCCAGACAGUCUUUGCUUUUUAUGUAUAAAUGAGUUAACAUUGAGCUUAUUUACCCGAAUGUAUCAUAAAAAUCAAUAUAUUCAAACCUAGUCAUCAUCCCCAUUGACAACUCAGCUACAGUAAAAAUUUGAUUAUCAGCGGCCAUUACGUAACUGGGUGUACCAAUCAAAUAAUAAGUCUCUACAUCGUUUUUCGUCGUAUUUUUAAGCUUGUGAUCAUUGGACAUAUUUAUUACAACGAAAUGACCUAAAGUAUGUCAUGUUACAAGUGUCAAGUGGUAGUGAUUUUUAAGGUAAACUGAAACUUCAAAUUUUUUUUCAUCAAACCCAUACGUGUGAGGUAUCUAUGGAUAGGUCUUCAAAAAUGAUAUUGAAGUAUCAUUAUUUUAUAAACUGAAUAGUUUGAGCGAGAGACGUUUCCAAAGUUGUAAAAUGUCCCCCCCCCCCCCCUGUAACUUCUAAAAUAAGAGAAUGAUAAAAUUAAUAAAAAUAUAUUAGGUAUGUACAUUACCAUGCAAACUUCCACCGAAAAUUGGUUUGAACGAGAAAUUAUAAGUAGUUUAUUUUAAUACGUCAUAUUUAUGACGUUAUCGUAAUAAUAUGUAUAAUUUAAUGUGUAGAUAUAGGUAUGUACCUAAUUACUGAGUACGAAGUUUAUGUUGCUGCUACGGAACCCUUCAAUGGCGAGUCCGACUCGCACUUUGCCGCUUUUUUUCUUUUUACGAUCUUUUAUCGUGUUUAUUUCAACGAAAUUACGUAAAUAACGAUAUUUCGUUACAAUAACGUUUAUACUUUCUACUACCACUACUAUACGAAUGUCACUUAACGUAAAAUUACCAUAAUUAUGUUAUUUCGUUGAAGAUUCAAUAUUAGAUGAUUGCUAAAACUAAAAUAAGAUGAAAAAUUAUAGUGACUAAUUAAUAUUUGAAUGGUACACCGAGGUCCGAGAUACAUAACCCUGAAGAUCCUGUCACAUGAAUUCGCGUGUUUUAGUUACUGGAACGAGGCAGUUAAUUUAGUUACUGUUCUUACUCUUAUUUACGCUUACUCAGUCGCAAAAUAUGUUGAUUUUCAUUAAAUAAUAAUUCAUAUUAUGUAAUGAAAAACAGAAUUUGAGAUUAGUGUUGUUAAAAAUGUUUACAUACUGUGUAUUGUUGUAAAAAAUAUUAACUUAAAGAUAUUUAAUAAAUGAUUUUUUUUACAAAAUAAA